GCCGGGGAUUUUCUGAAAACAGUGCAUGCGUAACCAUCAUGUCGGCACUUUCCCGCAGCAUGUCAUGUCAUGAACCAUCUCCUUUAUCCUGGGGGAUCUCUAGAACACAUGAUCCGUGGGCCCGCAUUGCUACUAGAAUCUGAGUGCCAGGGUCCAUGUCUUUGCCUUAAGCUCAAUAGCCGGGACACGUGCGGUUGCAUAGCAUCGUUUAAAAGAACGGUCGCCGUCCACAUCAUCUGGUACAUCCUCUUUUGAGAUCACCUCAGUCUUCAUCGCCUCCCACAAUCGUUUCGGCCCUUGUUUUCUCUUGCCCGACCGCAUUCCAGUGCGCGUCACAUUCUUUAAUUCCAAGACACUUGUCCAUAAUCUCUCGAUCGUAAGGACAACACGUCGCGAUGAAGACUUCCGCCGUCCUCUCCUCUCUGCUUUUCCUGGCUUCCGGCGUCUCUGCUGAUGGUCGUUACUGCUCUUGGCCUCUUAAGCGUGUGAUCACAAGCGUUAGACCCAUCUGGACUGACCCGCAACUCGUCGCCGGCGUUUUUGUUGGCCCUUCCGCAACCACUGGCACCAUCGCAGCCGGUUACAGCUACACCGAGUCGUGGAGUAUCACUGGCAGUAUCACUGGUUCCAGUGGCUUGACUGGUAUUGUAACCCUCGGUGUCUCGACUUCCUACGGACAAACAACUGCCAGGGGUAGCUCCUUGACCGUCGGCAUCGCGUGCCCGGCCAACGUCCGUUGCGGUAUCACGGCCUCUUCCUACGUUCUCGAGGUCAACGGCACCGAGACCCUCUACCGUUGCGGCAGCAAGAACAAGUACGACACGCAGUACCCUUGCCAAAAAUCGGCCCCGGACCACUGCCCUACGACAUUCUGGAACACUACCGACGGUGUCACGAAGCCCUUUACUGCCGUAAGCUCGCACACGAAACCCCCAGAGGCAAUGAGAUUAUGAUGCUGACAGUUGUGUUACCAGUACAUUCCACUGGCCAAGGGCCCAUCGAAUGUCAACGAGCUGCUCGCUGUCAACUACAACGCUUGCACGGCGGGGACGCCUUACAAGGGUAUCGAGCCCUGCCCCGGAUUCUAGGCGGUGAUACGUAAAUGUGGACUCCUGUCACCAUCAAAGUGGACGACGCGGGUCUGUGGUUGAGGUGGCCGAGUCAACCCCCUGAGAACGAGGAAAGGGGGAAAGCCUGUGCUGAGGCUGAGGCUGAGGCUGAGGCUUACAUACUGUGCAAAGUUAUCACGAAGACGACCAGAGCUUAGUUGCUCUGCACAAGGUGGUUUUUGCAAUUGAGAGGUACGGCGUCGGUGAUUGUAGGGCAUGAAGAUCUCGAGGCAGACUCGAGCCCGCUGACAGUAGUUAGGCUCUUGAGAUGGGCG